AUGUUGUUUCUUCGCACCUUCACGCUCUUGGCGGCUGUGGCUGGCUUGACCAAUGCCCAAAAGAAACGAGCCCGAAAAAUCACUUUUGAUGGUCCUGCCUAUGCAAAUGCUCCCACACCCGCACUUCUCGGCCCCGAUAGUGGAAUUCCGGUGGGAAACGCUGGAGCCUUGAACUUCUUCAACUUCACUGUCGUCAACGUUGCGAGCAACCAGGUUCAGCUGUUUGAUCCCAACACCCGGCCCAACAUUGCCAUAAUCACAGGACCCGCUCGCGGUGGUAAAAAAUUCGCCAAAAUCGAAAAGAAGGAAGGCUUCCCAAACUUCGAACUCGACAGCCUCUACUUUCGCUGCGCACGCAAACUAUCCGCCGUUUACGUCCCGAUCGACUGCACGUUGCUCCUUUCAUACCCUUCUAUCGCGGGCCAGUUGGAUUCUAAUAGAGAUUCGGAAAUCGCAGUGACCAGCAGGGCCAUGCAAUUCGAAGAAUUCGCGUUUGGGGAAGUUUCAUACGUUCGAUUUGGAGUCUCCGUUCCGAAAGAUAUCUUGGCUGAAUUGGCGACAAACGAAGUGUCUGUUUUCUUUGACACGAUCAAGGUCAAGGCUUGA